UAUUGGCCCUGUACAGACAACAUGGUAAGUCACGGUGCUUAAGCAUUGCAAGCUAAACAUGAUAGCUUAGCGUGCCGUGUGGACCAUGACUUAGCGUGUCAUGUUAACCAUGACGUAGUGUGUCAUGUGAACCAUUCCUAACCACGUUGGCUACGUAACCACGGUUUGAACACGCUCGCUAACCAUAUGCUGCAAAAAGGGUUAGCGGCCUAACCAGGGCUUAAUGUGUUGUCUGAACAGGCCCAGUAUCCUUUCUGAGGUGUGGUUGCAUCUUGAAGUGGGUCAGGUAGCUAUUAGGAUCAAGCGUCUUACCUCCACCUCCUUCCUUUCUCUCCUCGCAGGCGAUGGGGCGUCAGUGACAAUUCAUUCCAGGCCCUCUCUUUGUAGUGGAAAGGAAACAGUUCCUGUGCAGCAGAAUGAGGGCCCAGUGACUUUUGAGGAGGUGGCUGUGCAUUUCACGGAAGAGGAGUGGUCUCUGCUGGAUCCAGGCCAGAGAGCUCUGCACAGGAAUGUCAUGGAGGAGAAUGAUGGUAAUCUCACCUCUCUGGGUGAACCGAGGGAGAACGAGAGUGAUACUGAACAGCAGAAAAGGGAAACUGAGGUACGAGAGCGGAAGUGGAGGCAGGAAUUCACUUUGUCCGAAGGCUCUGACAUUUCAGUCCAAGAAGAAUACCGGGAAGGAAACAAAAGGCAGGCAGGCCCUCAGUCUGCCAUAGACUUGGCUAGGAGUUCAGACUUAAAAAGACAUCAAAGAAUUCACCACCAGGAGACACCUUGGAAAUGCUCUGAGUGCGGAAAGAACUUCAGUCAGAGGUGCCACCUGAAUAGACAUCAGAGAGUCCAUGCUGGGGAGAAAUGGAAGUGCUCUGAAUGCGGGAAGAGCUUCAAUCGGCACGACAACCUUAUUAGGCAUCAGAUUGUGUGCACAGGGGAGAAGUGGUGGAUAUGUUCAAUGUGUGGAAAGACCUUCAGUCGUAACUACAGCUUUAUACAACAUCAAAGAGUCCACACGGGGGACAAACCGUUUGAAUGUGUGAAGUGCGGAAGGUGUUUCAAUCGGAGCUCUACUCUUUACAAACACCAAAGAGUGCACACAGGAGAGCGACCGUACGAAUGCUCAGACUGUGGGAAGAGGUUCAGCCAGAGGACAGACCUUGUUUGUCAUCAGAGAAUCCACACGGGAGAGAAACCGUAUAAAUGCUCAGAGUGUGGAAAGUGCUUCAGUCGUAGCUAUAACCUUGCUUAUCAUUUGAGACACCACACAAAAGAGGACACCAUAUAAAUGUGGCCAGAGGUUAUCUCACAAGAUAAACUUUUUUGUUUGUUUUUAAAGUCACACAGGAGAGAUUCCUGUGAAUGCUAAAAGUGCUUGGAGUAGGGAAAGAACUUCAAGUGCAAGACAGAGAUUCAUGUCCAGUGAUUCACUGGAGCUUUUCUAAAUAAUCGAUCACUAAUAGCCAACCACAUCUGCAUCAGGAAUAAACUGUAUAAAUGAUGUGGAAAAAAACUGUUAUUAGAGUGUGAACUGCACUACACAAAAGAAUCUACACGGGGGUGGGAAACAUGCUUCCAUUGGAACCAGCGUCUUUCGUGUCACUUCAGCCAUCUUGAGAUCAAGCUGUCCCCCGGUUGCUUC